AUGAUAAGUAAUGCUGAAAUAUCUAUAGUAUUGUGUAAUCAAGGUCUCGAAGCAAUUGAUAUUGAACGUUUUGGACGAUCAAUUAUAAUUAUAUGUAAAAUAUCAACUAAUGGUAGCAGUUAUAAUUUAAUCAAAAAUGAAUAUGAAAAAAAAGAAAUUCAAGCACAAUUAAAAUUUGCUGUAUUAGUACGUAAUGCAAAACCAGAUGCUGAUAAUCUUCAAGGACAACUUGAAUGGACUGAAAUGUUUAAUCUUGAAAAAACAUUAGCUGAGACUGAACAAAAACUUCUUAAUAAUCGAUAUACUGUUGAAGAAUAUAUGAAAAAACGUGAUGCAUCAAUUAAAGAUAUUAAAAAUGAAAAGACUAAACGUGAUGAAUUACUUCGUAAAGCACAAGAAGUUACAAAUAAUAUAAUUGAAGACAAGCGUAUUCACGAUGAUCUUGAACGACGAAUGAAAUUAAUUAAUAAAGAACGAAGAGAUUUAUUAAAUGAAAAAAAACUUCAAAAUAUUAUUGAUGAAAUGCGUCGCAAAGCAACAGGUAAUAACGAUUAUGACAGAGUUCGUCAACGUAUGGAAGAAUUACAAAUUUCAAUUGCUGAACAACGACAAAUAUUGUCAACGAAAGAAAAUGAAUAA